AUGUCAACCUGCUGGUGGCGCUAGAUUAAAAGUUAGAAUCAAUCAAGUCAAAUAAAUAAUUGAAUCCUCUGGGGACCGUGAACGUCUGCACAACAUUUAAUGAACAAUCCAUCCGUCCUUUGAUCCACAAUCAGAUCCAAUGGAUCUGCACUUAAGUGGUGGACCGACCAACCGACUGACAUUAGCAUCCAUAUAGUCACACUGCUAAUGUGGCUAAAAUCAAAUAAAAGAAGAGACAGUCAUGUUGAUAUGAACAUUAGAGAAACACAUCAUGGAGAUGAAAUAUGAUACUGGUUCAUAAUUUGGAUUCGUUCACCUCAGCUGACACAUUCAACAGCAGACAGGUUUUUGUCACAGUCUCAUUCACUGUGGAGGAAACCUCUACCUCAUCUUUGGCUCUGGAACUAAACUUUGAGCAGGUAGUGAAGCCCGUGGUGAGCGUGUACCCAGCAGCAUCCAGAGCCCACCUGGAGGGGAAGAGCUCCCUGCUGUGUCUGGCCUCAGCCAUGUCUCCUCCUCUGGUCCAGUUCUCCUGGAAAAGACAGAAGAAGAACGGCUGGCCGGAGGAUCUGCCCCCUGCUGAGGGAGAGCAGCUGGAGCUCAGAGAGCCGGGACGCACCGUCGCCAUCAGGGUGGUUGAUCGGGAUGCUCUCUACACGUAUAAAUACCGCUGCUACGUCAAGCACGAGGGGGUAACAGUGGAGGCCCAAACAGAACAAGAGCUUCCAGCUCCAGCAGCCUCCUGUCCUCCAGAGAGAGAGCCAGCAGACCUGCCAGCUCUGCAGCAAGCUGACUGUAAGAUCACCUGCUGCCUCUCUGCAUGCUCUGACAGCUCCAAUGUCCUGCUGCAGUUAGGGCUGCAUAUCAGUCUGUUCACUUUCUGCUCAUCAUUGAAGGAUUUAAACAUACACUCCCUGAUUCUGUUAGAGUGUCCCACAGCACAACAAGUCCCACUGAGAGAGCCUUCACUUCACAGGCUGACAAAUAACACCUUUUGGGGGCGCUAUACUCAGUUUUAGGCCUUGAGGGUGAUAGAACAAGUUUAGGGAGUAUAUCUUAAAGCUCCACUCAUCAAUAGUUUUAUAUUAAGAAUGAAUCUAAUGACUAAAUGAGCUUUUUAGCCUCUUUUAGCUCCUAGUUGUGGUUUUGCAGCACAUUUCCUGUCUGCUUCAGUCUCAGUGUUU